AUGUCUAUAAGGAAUGAAGACAAUCACUCCGAUAGUGAUUCAGAUCUUGAAGAAAUGAAGUGUAUUAGUGCAAUUGAUGGAACUCAUGUUUCUGCUUGGGCACCAACUCAAAAGCAAACCGCAUAUCAUGGCUGGGAAGGAACUGCAAAUGACUCUAGGGUGUUCAUAGAUGCAGGUAUUGUUGUGGAUGUUGGAUAUUCAAACAUGCCUGGAUUCUUGGCACCCUACCGAGGUGAGAUAUAUCAUUUGCGUGAUGAUAGAGGACCUCGACGAGCACCAAGAGGUCCUAUGGAAUUGUUGAGCUAUAGGCACUCCUCAUUAUGUAAUGUAAUUGAGCGAUGUUUUGGUGUUUUGAAAGCUCUUUUUCCAAUUUUGAAAUUGAUGCCUAAUUAUCCUCCUAGAAGGCAACGACAAGUUCCUAUUGCAUGUUGUGUGUUACAUAAUUUUAUAAGAAAAGAAGCUGGUCGUGAUAGGAUGAUCAAAGAUUUCCAAGUUGAAGACAUGAUCAUUGACUCAGAAAAUACAACACCACCGUUAGAUAUGUCAGUAGGAAAUAUUGCACAAAUGUACGACAUUAGAGACAAGAUCGCAACGGAUUUGUGGCGGGAUUUUAUUUAA